AUGUCCGAAUUUUUCUACAGAAAGCCGUCUUCACAGCUGCUGGUGACGCCUGCUGAAUUGCUCACCACAGCCAAUUGCGAGGACUCCUCGAGAAUAAGAGCAUUUCUCAGGCUUUCCCGGAUCGCCACAGACGAUACUAUAAGCCAGCAUUUGAACGAAACACAACCAAAAGACUGUGACGCUUACUUCAAUCGAAAGAUUGUUCCUCAGUGGCAGGCCCGUGCACAUGCUAUUCAAUUCUGCUCCGAUUAUGCUAAAAGGCUAGAACAGGAAGUGGCGGCUGGACUGCCUAAGUCUGCCGACUACGACUUGAGAACGAAUCCGUACGCUUUGAAAGACGAUCUUGAGAAAAUAGAGCUUCAUAAUGCUCGCAGGGCAACUAUAGAAAACUGGGUCCGCAACGAGCAGAAUGUGGAGAAAAUCAUCAGGGAAGAAACCACCAAAAUCUUCAACGACAAGUGCUACUACAAGGACUGGCUACAGCAGUUCGCGGAUGCAAUCAGUAAAUAG